CGGCGGCGGCCGGGACGGAGGGAGCCGAGGCCCGAAGGGACCGGGAGGGGCCGGCGGGGCCACCGCGGGUGCCGCCCCCCGGGGGCGAUGGUAAAAUGACCCAGGCGGGCAAGAAGAAGAAGCGCGCCGUGAACCGCAGCAUCAUGCUGGCCAAGAAGAUCAUCAUUAAAGACGGCGGGACGCCUCAAGGAAUAGGCUCACCUAGUGUCUACCAUGCCGUUAUUGUAAUCUUCUUGGAGUUUUUUGCUUGGGGACUCCUGACAGCUCCCACUCUGGUGGUUUUGCAUGAAACCUUCCCAAAACAUACAUUUCUAAUGAAUGGUCUAAUUCAAGGAGUAAAGGGCUUAUUGUCGUUUCUCAGUGCCCCACUCAUAGGUGCCCUGUCUGAUGUGUGGGGACGAAAGUCCUUCCUGCUGCUAACAGUGUUUUUCACCUGUGCACCAAUACCACUAAUGAAGAUCAGCCCAUGGUGGUACUUUGCUGUUAUCUCCGUGUCUGGAGUUUUUGCAGUGACAUUUUCUGUAGUUUUUGCAUAUGUAGCAGACAUAACCCAAGAACAUGAGAGAAGCAUGGCCUAUGGUUUGGUUUCAGCAACUUUUGCGGCAAGUUUAGUCACCAGCCCUGCUAUCGGUGCCUACCUUGGUCGAGUGUACGGAGACAGCCUGGUCGUGGUCCUGGCUACAGCAAUAGCCUUGUUGGACAUUUGUUUCAUCCUUGUUGCUGUACCAGAAUCACUGCCAGAGAAGAUGAGGCCAGCAUCCUGGGGAGCACCCAUUUCGUGGGAGCAGGCUGACCCUUUUGCAUCACUGAAGAAAGUCGGCCAGGACUCCAUUGUGCUGCUAAUCUGCAUAACAGUCUUUCUUUCCUACCUCCCAGAGGCAGGUCAAUAUUCCAGCUUCUUCCUAUACCUCAGACAGAUAAUGGGAUUUUCAUCUGAAAGUGUUGCAGCAUUUAUAGCAGUCCUUGGGAUUCUUUCCAUUAUUGCACAGACAAUAGUUUUGAGCUUACUUAUGCGGUCCAUUGGAAAUAAAAAUACCAUCCUACUGGGCCUAGGAUUUCAAAUACUGCAGCUUGCGUGGUACGGCUUUGGAUCAGAACCAUGGAUGAUGUGGGCAGCCGGUGCCGUGGCAGCCAUGUCCAGCAUUACUUUCCCAGCUGUCAGUGCCCUCGUUUCACGGACUGCUGAUGCCGACCAGCAGGGUGUUGUUCAAGGGAUGAUAACAGGCAUUCGAGGACUGUGUAAUGGUUUGGGACCAGCACUUUAUGGGUUUAUAUUCUAUAUAUUUCACGUGGAAUUGAAUGAACUGCCCAUGCCUGAAUCACCGUCAGGAGGUAGUGUGGUUGCACAAUACCAUUUACAACAGAAUUCCAUCAUUCCUGGACCCCCAUUCUUAUUUGGAGCGUGCUCUGUGCUGUUGGCACUACUUGUUGCCUUGUUUAUUCCUGAACACACAAACCUAAACGUACGAUCCAGCAACUGGAAGAAACACUGUGGCAGCCAUGGCCAUCCCCACAGCCCACAAGCUCCUGGUGAAGCUAAAGAACCAUUACUGCAAGAUACAAACGUAUGACGAAAAUCCAGGAAGACCUUUUGGACUCUUUUUAUCAGCAGUUUGGGAUACACAUUCCAAUUCCAUCAAAAUGUAAUUUCUUAAGGUAAUCUUAAGAAGUAUCUUUCUGCAUGAAAUCUGUAGGAAUUAAAACAAAACAGGAGCUUUCUCCAAAGAUGUUGCCAUUGAACUAAAAACUUACUUGCUUUUAUAAACAAACUGUUACAUACUCGUCUCUUGCCAUGAAAUACUGUUACUGCUAAACUUAACUUUACAUUCUAGUUCAGAGACAAAAAGUAGAGUCCAGGCAUGAGCAUGUGUCCUUCUGUUUCCUUACGGUGGUGAGCUUUAAUUCUAGUCACGCUACGUCUCAAUGAGACAUACUGGCAUCUGUGUGGACCCAUUCGUUUUAAAAUCUUGGGUCAGUUGAUUCAAAGCCUUAAUGUAAAUGUACUCAAGUAGGAAGAAGGUAAAUUGGUAUCAUUUCUUUUAAAAGUCACAUGGCAGGUUUUUUUAAGUUUGUACUAAUACAAAAAUCACAUGAGCACGCUUGCUGAACAGUAAAAGUUAUUUUUUAUGUAAGUGCAUUUACUCUUUCUAUUUUUGAAUAAACGGUAGUGUCAAACACUUGUUUAAAUAGUAAGUGGGUGUUUUGAGCCUACAAAUUUUAAUAUUGGCUCUAAAACUCUGCUUUCCUACGCACCGUUUAUUAUACCACUAUCUUUCUGAUGUUUGCGUAAUCAUAAGGACCUCAAAACUUGAAAACACAGACUGAACUAUAAGCUGAUAGCCUUGAAUCUGUCCGUGUGCUAUAUAGUGGCCUUUGAGGACUGUCACAAUAACCCUUUUGCAUUACAGAGCUAAAGUUUUAGUCCUAAAUUUUCAGGACCCUUAGUACAGAAGAGAGCUUUAUAUACAAUUACUGAUGUGAAUUUCUCUAAAAGUGUAUAUUUUUGUGUCCAGUUGUAUUAUUUAAGUGUUCCUUUGUAUAAAUUUGUGUAUAAAGUAUUGUAUAGGUUUAAAAUGUUUUCAUCUCGUGGUUAUUGCUUAAUGCUUUUUUACCUUUGAACAUUCACCAUGGUUGACCAAGAGCAGGAAAAAAAAUAUGUAAAUAUACUGUUAAUAAAGUUGAAUAUUUUAAUGAAUUUUUAAA